AUGAGAUUGUUUGCUCUGAAGCAAAGAGGUUCAGUAGCGGAUUAUGUGAAUGAGUUUGAAGAGUUAACAACAAUUGUGACGGGAGUCGAAGAAGAGAAUCUGGAGUUGGUUUUCUAUUUGGGACUGAAACCUGAGAUGCAAGAAGUUGUGAAGAUGCAAAAGCCGAAAGGAUUAUCUGCCCUUUUCACAACCGUGAUCUCAAUGGAGGGUAGUCAGUUCUGCAGAGCUAUGGCAGCGUCAGUGAAUCCAUCAAGACGUAGUUCAACGUUGUUUCCGUUGCGUUCUUCUUCCCAGUACAAUUCUCCAGGGAAUGUGGAUUCAACUGAGCAAAACAAAAGCUUGGUGACUCAGGAGAAGAACAAACCUCCGUGGCAGAGCAGUGGAGGCAAGAACCAUAGUGGAAUGGUGAAACUGAGUCCUGCAGAGAUGGCAGAGAAGCGGAGACUGGGCCUUUGUUACAAGUGCCCAGAGAAAUGGAUGAGAGGACAUCAAUGCCAAAACAUGCUACUUCAGGUGUUUACUGUGAUUGAUGAGGACUUGGUGGAGAUUACAGAUGAAGAUUGGAUGGAAGGUUUUGAAGAGAAGUCAGAGACGAGUCCAGUUUUAAUGGAGCUAUCUCUAUGCUCAUAUUUGGGACUUGACUCACCAGUGGUUACGAAGUUGUGGGGUGAUAUUGGUGGAGUGAAGUUAGUAGUGAUGAUUGAUAGUGGUGCCAUCCAUAAUUUCAUUGAUCCUUCUGUUCUAAGUAAAACCCAGUUACACCCUGCUAGGAACAGAAAGCUCGAGAUUUUAUUGGGCACGGGAAUUACAGUCAAUGGCACAGGCGUUUGCAGAAACGUCUCCUUGGAGUUACAAGGACAUGCGUUUGUCAUGAAUUUAGUAGUUCUGGAGUUGGGAAAUGCAGAGAUUAUCCUAGGCGUUGAUUGGCUGAGAACUUUGGGGAAAUGCGAGCAUGACUGGGACAAACACGAAAUGUCAUUCACGUAUAACGGAGAGCGUAUUACGUUGUUUGGCGAUCCAGCUCUUCAAUCCAGUGGUCGCUCGUUUAAAGAUAAUCACUCGCUGAGUUGCUUGGAGUUAGUUGGAUGGGACAUUGAAGCAGGUGAAUUGAAUCAGGUGGAAGCUGUUUCUGAGAUACCACAGCAAGUUCAGACGUUAUUGGAUAAGUUCUUAGAGGUGUUUGCAGCGCCGACUCAGUUACCGCCUAUCAGAAACAGAGAACAUGCUAUCACGUUGAUUCCGGGAGCAGGCCCUAUCAGUGUGAGACCCUAUAAGUACCCUCACGCUUACAAGGAGGAAAUGGAGAAGUUAGUAGCCCAAAUGCUCGAAGCAGGAACGAUUCGGCCGAGUAAGAGCCCUUUCUCAAGCCCGGUGUUGUUAGUCAAAAAGAAGGAUGGGAGUUGGCGCUUCUUCAUUGAUUACAGGUCACUCAACAAAGCCACAGUUCCUGACAAAUUUCCGAUACCUGUAAUCGAUCAAUUACUGGACGAGUUACAUGGAGCAAGAGUUUUCUCAAAGUUGGAUCUCAGAGCAGGAUAUCACCAAAUACGCAUGCUAGAGAGAGACAUUGAGAAGACGGCUUUCAGAACGACGAAUGGACAUUAUGAGUUCCUCGUGAUGCCGUUUGGGUUAACAAACGCACCAGCGACUUUCCAGGCACUCAUGAAUGAACUGUUGAGACCUUUUCUGGGAGAUUUCGUUCUGGUGUUCUUCGAUGAUAUAUUGGUUUUCAGCGCGAACAUCGAGGAACAUGUGACUCAUCUCGCUACGGUACCAGACAUUUUUGUCACUCAUCAGUUGUUUGCGAAUCGGAAGAAGUGUUUGUUUGGGCAAUCACAAGUUGAGUAUCUCGGGCAUAUUAUCUCUGAAGAAGGUUAUGGUACUAUUGCACGACCUUUAACAGAUCUACUAAAGAAGGAUCAGUUUGAUUGGGGUGACGGUGCACAAAUGGCGUUUGAAAAACUGAAAGAAGCAAUGAUGUCAGCACCGGUUUUGGCCUUACCUGAUUUUUCCGAGGUCUUUGUAGUCGAGUCUGAUGCAUCCGACUAUGGCUUGGGAGCAGUUUUGAUGCAAAACCAAAGACCUAUUGCAUACUUCAGCUCAGGUUUAUCUGCAAGGGAUCAAGUCAAACCGAUCUACGAGCGCGAGCUAAUGGCAAUUGUUUUGGCUAUACAAAAAUGGAGGCACUACUUGUUGGGAAGGAAAUUUGUGGUACACACGGAUCAGAAGAGCCUGAAAUUUCUGCUGGAACAAAGAGAGGUUUCGAUGGAUUAUCAGAGGUGGUUGACUAAACUGUUGGGGUAUGAUUUUGACAUUAUCUUCAAACCCGGAGUGGAGAACAAGGCAGCAGAUGGGUUGUCGAGAAUUGUUCCUGCACCAAUCAGUGUAAACGCUAUGGAGUUGAUGUCGAUCACUGUUCCUGCAAAUCUCCAAAUCCAAGACAUCUAUAAAGAGAUUGAGGAUGAUGGCAAGAUUCAGAACCGCAUUAAGAGAGUUUUGGAGGGUUUGGAAGACAACGAGGACUAUACAGUGGUGAAUGGACGAUUGUUUCGCAAGGGGAAGUUAGUAAUUCCACGUACUUCUUCAAAGAUCCCCUUGAUUCUGCAUGAGUUUCACACAAGUGUAGAGGGUGGUCACUCAGGCAUUCUGAAAACAGUGAAGCGGAUUCAGACUGUUUUCUACUGGAGGAAGAUGAUAUCGGACAUUAGGAAGUAUGUCACUGAAUGUGAUACUUGCCAGCGACACAAAUAUUCGACCCUUUCUCCUGCGGGUCUUCUCCAACCGUUACCGAUUCCGAACAAGAUUUGGGAGGAUCUGUCAAUGGAUUUCAUCGAAGGAUUGCCUACUUCUAAGGGUGUGAAUGUAAUCUUUGUUGUGGUCGACCGUCUGAGCAAGUUUGCACAUUUUGUGAAGCUUAAACAUCCGUUUACGGCUUGCGACGUCGCUAACAAGUUUAUACAGGAGAUGGUUCGCUUGCACGGCUUUCCAGCGUCGAUUGUGUCGGACCGUGAUCGAAUUUUUCUAAGCUCCUUCUGGAAGGAAUUGUUCAAGCUGGCAGGGACGAAGUUGAAAUUUAGCACAGCUUUUCAUCCCCAGUCGGAUGGUCAAACGGAAGUUCUCAACCGUUGUUUGGAGACCUACCUUCGUUGUUUCGCUUCUUCGCACCCUAAAUCGUGGGCUACGUACUUGUCUUGGGCAGAGCUAUGGUAUAACACCAACUUUCACACCGCCAUCGGCUCCACCCCAUUUCACGUAGUCUACGGUCGAGAAGCACCUAGUUUGUUGCGUUUUGAGGAAGGCUCAACGGCAAACUUUGAGUUGGAACAAAUGUUGCGUGAACGUGAUGAAGUUUUGCGAGCAAUCAAGGAGCAUUUGGAGAUGGCUCAGGCUCGGAUGAAGAAUAAUGCUGAUAAGCAUAGAAGAGAGCUUUCCUUUUCCAUUGGAGAUAAGGUCUUCUUGAAGUUGCGCCCUUAUAGACAACAGUCGGUGUCAAAGAGGUUGUAUCAGAGGUUAGCUGCCCGUUUCUAUUGUCCGUUUGAGGUUUUGGAACGCAUCGGACAGGUGGCGUAUCGUUUGAGGUUGCCGGAGGGAUCAAAGAUUCAUAACGUGUUCCACGUUUCUCAGUUGAAGCCGGUAUUAGGCUCUGGUCAUCAGAUAUCACCACUUCCCGAUUCUUUUGCCCAGCGGUCUGAGUUGUUUGUUGAGCCGGAAGAAGUUUUGGAGACUCGUUAUGAUACUGGAGGGCGUUUGGAGGCUCUGGUUCAGUGGAAAGGCCUUCCUGCACAUGAGACGACGUGGGUUCGUGCAUCGGAACUGCUUCAAGAGUUUCCUGAACUUGAGGACAAGCUUCGUCUUGACGAGGGGGACCGUGCGGAACGGCCGACCGAGGAACAUCCGUCCCACGAUGAUCCGGGAGUCAAUGACCCGCGGUCGACCAUCCGAAGUCUCAUGACCGUAAGCCGCGCACGACCGCACCGCGCGAGCAGGAAGGCAUCGCUCAUGACCGUGCAACACGACGCACGAUCACACCGUCCGACCAGGAAGGCCUCGUCCCACGUCCGGCCGAAGUCUUCGACCAAAUAUCAUCCGUCCGGCCGAACCCGACGAACGAACGCAGAAUCCCUCGGCCACGAUCGACCUGAUCGUACCGAUGGCCGAUCACAACCCGAUAGCCGGCCGAACGUCCCGACUGACUGUCUGAACGGUCCGGUCGACCCGAAGCCGUUUUUGAAGCCCGUUUCACACGUUUCAAGCCCAAUUACACAACCGACUUAUUAG